UUUGGGAACAGAACUGUUAAUGAGAUCAAAUGUUUCAUCGAUGAGAAAAUGUGCAGAAUUUCGGCCAAAUCCAUCUCGUUCCUGCUUCUCCAACUGCCGGACACUUGGCUUCCCCACUACGAGUGGAAACGCCAAGUGGAUGCUUCACAUUUUAUAUAUCCGUCUUGUCCUCACAAGAAUGUACUCAAGAGAACGUGGUCAGAGAAUGCACUCAGAGCAUGAGAGUGUAGAGCACUGUAGUGCCAAGCCUGGGCUCAGGUACAGUGUGUCUGACUGGGACACCAGUAACAAGCAGAUAUCUGACACAGCAGAACACAGGAGACACAUGUCACACAUGACAAGGCAGGAAGGGAGGGCCUUACGCAAUGAGACAACCAGCAAGACUAACUGGGAUAAGAGUGACAGCUCUCGCAGACUGAGUGAUAGGAUCUGGGAUAUCUCCCGCUGGAGAGAGACUUUGGAAUCAUGCAUACAGGAAGUGGAGAAAGAGAUGGAUGCCUUAACCCUGGGGAAGGAGGAGACUGAGCGGGCUCUGACAGCCACCGCAGUGCCUCUAGAGGUCACGGUGGAGUGCCUGACCCUGAGGGAGGGUCGCCGCGGCAACGAGCUGGUCAGCGACCCAGUGGAGGCCCAGCUGAAGAAGGAAGUGGAGAUGAUCGACGGAGCACAGCGGGUGCUCCAGCAGCGCAUUGACAAGGCGUUCGAGCAGCUGUGUCUUCUUCAGGUGUCCCGGCAGCAGCUGACCCAUGACCUUCAGAACAAGAUUGAGGCCCAGGACAUUGACCUCUCCUGCUUGUCUAUCACUGUUACAUCACCUAAGACCUCCCUGAAGCCCAACCCCCUGCGCAUACCCAUAGGUUCCACCACCCCCCAGCAGUGGGAGCAGUUCAGCCAGUACAACGUGGCCCGAGCUCAGGAGGAGAUGCAGGCAUCACUGCAGCUGAGGGAGGACAUGAGUGUCACCAGGGCACAGUUGCAGAAUGAGCUGGAUGCUCAGCGAAUCGCCACAGUGUUUGCCAUCCGUAAACGCACUCACCACCUGGAGCAGGCUCACGAUGAGACGCAGUGGCAGAUGAAGAGCUCCCAGGAUGAGAUCUCAGAUAUGGAGAGGGACAUCCGUAGUCUAGAGGAUGAUCUCCAGGCUAAGAUGGCCCCACUAAAGCUGGUCCACACCCGGCUAGAGAACAGGACCAAGAGGCCUGGAGUCGAUCUCUGUAGGGAUGAGGUUCAGUAUGGGCUUGUGGAUGAAGCCAAUCAACUGGAGGCCACCAUUCUGGCUCUGAAACAGAAACUGGCCCAGGCUCAGUAUGCCCUCCAGGCUCUCCAGCUGCACCAGGCCCAUAUGGGGGAGGAUCUGUCCCGUAAGAAGGACGCCCUCUCUCUAGAGCAGCGCAGCCUUGAGACACGCAACCGCCUCGCCUCCGCUGCUUUCACUGAUGUGUCCUCUGGCGCCGUGGUCCCCCUCACCAUCUCCAGCGGGAGACACAACCUGGAGCUGGCCUAGGCUCACCAAUUCAUCUCUCACACAACCUUAGGGUUCUCUGACCGUAACCUUAUUUCCCUCAAUUUAUUAACCAUACCAUAAAUAUGCACAUUCACAUCUCAAUUGUGUUUUUGUGUCUAUGUUUAUCUUUUAGGCCCCUGUGUUUUCUGUGCGUUUUACAGCGGUCAUAGUCUUACACCUAUCUUCUGUAAGUUCCGUUAUGUGUUAUCAAUUGAACAUUGUGUAUCAAAAAAAGAUCGGCAUCAUAUUAAAACUGCAAUAUGUAACUUUUUGGGCGACCUGACCAGUUUUACAUAGAAAUAUGAAUUAUAGAUAUGUCAUUUUCUUUGAAAGCAAGUCUAAGAAGCAGUAGGUCUGUUCUAUGUGCCUUAUUUCGAUGCUUCCCGUUCUAAAGUUAUGUUUUUGUGUCUUUCGGUUUUGUUUCAAAACAGCUGAAAAUACAAUAUUAUUGGUUAUUGAAAAUAUAUUAAAGUGGUUUAGGUGGUACAAUGAUUCUCUACACUAUACUUGCUUGUUUUGUCACAAACUGAAAUUAGGCGAACCUUUAGAAGUUUAGCAGCCAGGAAAUGGUGGAGCAAUUUCUGCACAGUGCAUCUUUAAGUAAACUUUUCAAUGUAAGUAAUUAUCCUAAGAGUUCAUUCAGUUCAAAUGUAUCAUCAGCAUUUGUAAAGAUAUUGAUAUCAAUAGAAUGGGAUGCUAUUGAUGUAAAUUACAUGAUCAUUUUCUGAAUAAUCUGAAAAUAAUUUUCCAAUUGACAGGUUGGCCUAUCUAGUUUCUCAGGGAGGCAGAUUAUCUCUGAAUGUGAUUUCAUUCAAGAAACAUGACUAAUUUGCACAUGUAUUAAGAAAUCAGCUAGCUUGCUUACUGACACUUCUUCAGUUGCUAAUUCUAGGAGUCCUAGGCCUAGCUAAAUAGUCUGUUACCUGAUCUAUUGUGUGUAUUUAUGUGAGAUGUCAUAGUAUGCAGACUGUGUUGUAUGCAUGUGCCCCAAGAGAUGGCAACCUUACCAGGGUCCAGGGCCAGCUCUGUCUUGACUCUUGGUCAGCCAGCCCAAAAGGAUUAUUGUGUGUUCAGUUUAUGGUGACUAAAAUAAAUACAUGCAAAA